CACAUCCUGACGCUGCCGGGCGUGUUGCCGCCGCCGUCGGCGUGCUUGCCCACUUCCAUGAUGGCGGCAGCGGCGGUGUCCGGCGUCCUGGGACGGGCGGGCUGGAGGCUCCUGCAGCAGCGGUGCCUGCCUGUGUCUCGUUGCCAGCCACCCCUGGUACAGUGUGCCUUCCAUACAACUGUCGGGUUCAGGUCUUCAGAAGAACAGAAACAGCCUCCCCCCUCUUUUUCUCAGCAGCAUUCUGAGACACAUGGGGCAGAAAAACCUGGUUCCGAGUCACCUCGGCCACCCCCCAGGUACACAGACCAGAGUGGGGAGGAGGAGGAGGACUAUGAGAGUGAGGAGCAGCUACAGCACCGAAUCCUGACGGCAGCCCUGGAGUUUGUGCCUGCCCAAGGCUGGACUACAGAGGCCAUUGCUGAAGGAGCCCAGUCUCUGGGUCUCUCCAGCGCAGCAGCCAACAUGUUUGGGAGUGAUGGCAGUGAGCUGAUUCUGCACUUUGUGACCCAGUGCAAUGCUCGCCUCACCUGUGUGCUGGAAGAGGAGCAGAAGCUGGUACAGCUGGGCCAGGCAGAGAAGAGGAAGACAGACCAGUUCCUGAGGGAUGCCGUGGAAACCAGACUGAGAAUGCUGAUCCCGUACAUUGAGCACUGGCCCCGGGCCCUCAGCAUCCUCCUCCUUCCUCACAACAUCCCACCCAGCCUGAACCUGCUCACCAGCAUGGUGGAUGACAUGUGGCAUUAUGCUGGGGACCAGUCCACUGAUUUUAACUGGUACACCCGCCGUGCUGUGCUGGCUGGCAUCUACAACACAACAGAGCUGGUGAUGAUGCAGGAUUCAUCCCCAGACUUCGAGGAUACUUGGCGUUUCCUGGAAAACCGGAUUAAUGAUGCAAUGAACAUGGGCCACACUGCCAAGCAGGUGAAGUCCACUGGAGAAGCACUGGUGCAAGGACUCAUGGGUGCAGCAGUCACACUCAAGAACUUGACAGGCCUCAACCAGCGCCGGUGAGAGAAAGGGGAGAACCCACAUGCGUAGAAGGAGCAGCAGGUAGAUUUAAAGGGCUUUGACAAGACGCACCGUCUACAGAAUACAUGGAUGAACUUGGAGUUGCUACCACAGCCACAGGACUGGAAACCACACUGUUAUGGCCUGGAAUUGGGCCACUUCAGUUCUUAAUACCAGGCCUGGCCUCCUGAUGCCUUUCUGCGUUGCAUCUGUGUGGUUGAAAAAUGAGAUUUAUAUCCAAGCAUUCAAGCCACAGAAACUUAGCAUGACCCUGCCGUGGUCUCAUAAGCAUCUUGAUCAUGUCUUGACCUUAGAAACGUUCUUUGGGAGCUGGGUAUAGUGACAUAUACUUGUAUUCUCAUCACUCAGGAGACUGCCACAGGAUUGAAUAACACGCCUGCUUGAACUACAUAGUGUGACCCUGUCUCAAAGAAGCAAACCUCCCAAGAAAGGUUCUCUGGGGCUCCCAAGCCUGAGUCAAAGUCUGAAACCAUCAGAAGGUAGCAACUCCUUUGCACACAGGACAGACAUGUGCACAGAUGCUCCUGUGGACCCUCUCAGAAAGCUGCCUCAUAUGAGACAGAUGCCUUAUGGACAGUCCUUCUCAGCCUGGCCAGAGGUGUGAUCCCAGGCCUGGCAUCACAUACACCAGCAUGCUUUGCAGAAUGUAUUAGUGUAUUUAGUGUAUCAUUAGUGUAUUUGGAAUCUGUAGAAAUAAUAAUAAAUAUGUUUGAAACAAUC